AUGGAUGUAAUGAGGCCCUUAAUAAAUGAGCAGAAUUUUGAUGGGACAUCAGAUGAAGAGCACGAGCAAGAGCUGCUGCCUGUUCAAAAGCAUUACCAGCUUGAUGAUCAAGAGGGUAUUUCGUUUGUGCAAACUCUUAUGCAUCUUCUUAAAGGAAAUAUUGGAACUGGCCUUUUAGGGCUUCCACUGGCAAUAAAAAACGCAGGCAUAGUGCUUGGACCAAUCAGCCUCGUAUUUAUAGGAAUUAUUUCUGUUCACUGUAUGCACAUUUUGGUACGGUGCAGUCACUUUCUGUGUCAGAGGUUUAAAAAGUCAACAUUGGGUUAUAGUGACACUGUGAGUUUUGCUAUGGAAGUAAGUCCUUGGAGUUGUCUUCAGAAGCAAGCAGCAUGGGGACGGAGUGUGGUUGACUUUUUUCUGGUGAUAACACAGCUGGGAUUCUGUAGUGUUUAUAUUGUCUUCUUAGCUGAAAAUGUAAAACAAGUUCAUGAAGGAUUCCUGGAGAGUAAAGUGUUACUUUUGAAUAGUACCAAUUCAUCAAAUCCAUGUGAGAGAAGAAGUAUUGACCUAAGGAUAUAUAUGCUUUGCUUUCUUCCAUUUAUAAUUCUUUUGGUCUUCAUUCGUGAGCUAAAGAAUCUGUUUGUGCUUUCAUUCCUCGCCAACCUUUCCAUGGCUGUCAGUCUUGUGAUAAUUUAUCAGUAUGUCGUUAGGAAUAUGCCAAAUCCCCACAAUCUUCCAAUAGUGGCUGGUUGGAAAAAAUACCCGCUUUUUUUUGGUACUGCUGUGUUUGCUUUUGAAGGCAUAGGAGUGGUCCUUCCACUGGAAAAUCAAAUGAAAGAAUCAAAACGCUUCCCCCAAGCAUUGAAUAUUGGCAUGGGAAUUGUUACAACUUUGUAUGUAACAUUAGCUACUUUAGGAUAUAUGUGUUUCCGUGAUGAAAUUAAAGGCAGCAUAACUUUAAAUCUUCCCCAGGAUGUGUGGUUAUAUCAAUCAGUGAAAAUUCUAUAUUCCUUUGGCAUCUUUGUGACAUAUUCAAUUCAGUUCUAUGUUCCGGCAGAGAUCAUCAUCCCUGUGAUCACAUCCAAAUUUCAUGCUAAAUGGAAACAAAUUUGUGAAUUUGCAGUAAGGUCCCUCUUGGUUAGUAUUACAUGUGCUGGAGCAAUUCUGAUUCCUCGUUUAGACAUUGUGAUUUCCUUCGUUGGAGCUGUGAGCAGCAGCACAUUGGCUCUGAUCCUGCCACCUUUGGUUGAAAUUCUUACAUUUUCUAAGGAACACUACAAUAUAUGGAUGAUCCUGAAAAAUAUUUCUAUAGCAUUCACUGGUGUUGUUGGUUUCUUCUUAGGUACAUAUGUAACAGUUGAAGAAAUUAUUUAUCCUACUCCCAAAGUUAGAGCUGGCACUCCACAAAGUCCUCCUCUAAAUUUGAAUUCAACAUGCUUUAUGUCUGGGUUGAAAUAGUGGAAGCAGAAUUACGAGUCUUCUCCUUUUGUCUCAGUUCUGAAAAUUAUUAAAAUAAGAACUGGUAGAGUCCAUUGCCAUAUGUCUAAAAUUAGAGCCAAACUCUCUUUUCUUUUGGCACAGUAAUGACAUUUCAGUAGUAAA